AUGGUGAAGGAGAGUCUGCCCAGCUGGGUCCACCCGGACUCAGACGAGGGUCUGGUCCACGUGAACGUCGGAGGCCUGAAGAGGAGUCUCUGUUCCAGCACACUGAAGAAAUUCCCAGAUACCAGAUUGGGAAAACUUCUGGCAUGUGACUCAGAAGAAGAUAUACUUCAGGUGUGUGAUGACUACGACGUGCAGGAGAAGGAGUUUUACUUUGACAGGAAUCCCGGCUUGUUUCCUUAUGUCCUUCACUUCUACCAGACGGGCAAACUUCACGUCAUGGAGGAGCUGUGCGUCUUCUCCUUCAGUCAGGAGAUCGAAUACUGGGGCAUCAACGAGUUCUUCCUGGACAGUUGCUGUAGUUACCGUUACCACGGCCGCAAGCUGGAGAGCAGCCGACAUCGGAGCUGGGACGACGAGAGCGAAGUCAGCAGCAUAGACACCUCUGUGGACGAGAUAUCUGACCUAAACAGAGACAUGCUGCAUUUCCAGGAGGUGCGUUACGGAAACAUCAGGAAGUGUUUGUGGCUGACUCUGGAGAACCCAGGAUACUCCAUCCCCAGCAAGCUCUUCAGUCUCCUCUCCAUCAUAGUGGUGCUCACAUCCAUCUCCACCAUGUGUAUCAACAGCAUGCCGGAGUAUCAGUCGUUUGACUCUGAGGGGAAGCUGAUUGAGGACCCGACCAUGCAGGCUCUGGAGGUGUUCUGCACCUGCUGGUUCACCUUCGAGGUGGUGAUGCGGCUGCUGCUCGCACCAAACAAGAGGAAGUUUUUUCACCAUCCUCUGAACAUCAUCGACAUGGUGUCUGUGGUUCCCAUCUACAUCACGCUGCUCUUUGACCUGACGUUGGGAUCAGAGUCUGAACUGGGAAACCUGGGACGACUCAUACAGGUGUUCAGGUUAAUGAGGAUCUUCAGGGUUUUGAAGUUGGCGCGACACUCGACAGGACUGCGUUCGCUGGGAGCGACGCUACGGCACAGUUACCGUGAGGUCGGCAUACUGCUGCUCUACCUGGCUGUCGGAGUGUCCGUCUUCUCUGGUAUCGCUUACACUGCUGAAUACGAAAAGGACGUGGGUCUGGACACCAUCCCGGCCUGCUGGUGGUGGGGGACAGUGAGCAUGACCACGGUGGGUUACGGGGACGUGGUGCCUGUCACGGUGGGCGGUAAGCUGGCGGCCAGCGGCUGCAUCCUGGGCGGCACCCUGGUGGUUGCGCUGCCCAUCACCAUCAUCUUCAACAAGUUCUCCCACUUCUACCGCCGGCAGAAAGCGCUAGAGGCCUCCGUGAGGAACAACAACCGCAAGAAGAUGAGGAUGAGCUGUGAGAACAUGCCGGAGGAAGACGAGGAGGAAGAGGACGAGGGAUCGGACGUGGACAGCAGAUGUCUGGACGAUGACGAUAUUGAUGACAUUGAUGAGGAUGAUAUAGAUUAUGAGGAUGAAGGAGGUGUGAUUAAUUACAGUUACGUGGAGCAUCCGUCUUUCACGUACAUAGUGAGGAAGAAGGAGCUGCAUCAGCUUUGA